GCUAAUGCAGAGUCCGCACGUCCACAUCCUGCGUUUAAAAAUGUCCGGCAACCAGUCCAGCAGAAGUCAAGAACAGCUAUGCUACUGAGCCAAAAAGUACCACAAAACAAACCAGACAACGGCGAUAAGAAAGGCAAUAAACCAAUACACAGUAUGACGACUGCAGCGAAAAGCCCUCCAAAACAAACCAAAAAUAAGCCGAAAACAAAAAGCAAUAAUACGCAGAAAGCUGUGAAACGCAUAGCAGAUUCGCAGAGCGCGGGAGAUGGGCAUGAUAAUGGCUCCUUGCGAGCUUUUAAAGCCGGGGUAGACACAAAAGGGGAAAAGAAGUCUUUGAAUUCAGCUGCCAAAAGUUUAAAAAAUAAUACGCAGAAAGCUGGGAAGCGCAUAGCAGAGUCAGGGAGCACCAGAGAAGAGCAUCAUAAUGGAUCCUUGCAGACUGCGAAAGCCGGAUCAGACACUAAAAGGCAAAAGAAGUCUAUGAAUUCAUCCGCUGAAAGUUUUAACAAUGUGGGUACAUUUUACGAUUCGGAGCAGAAAAAUGGCGAAGAGGAUGUAUCUGAUGAUGAUAGUACAGACUUCGAUGAUCUGGAAUACAUGGAUGAUAGUAGCUCUGAAUAUUCAUUGGACGACGACAAAGAUUUCUUUCUUAAACCAGACGUAAUUGUGGCCGACAGGCGUGGAUAUACACCAUUAAAGUUUGCGAAUGUAGAUCAGGAUGAGGAGAAACUAUGGAAAUCAACAGAGGAUAUCAACGCAGAGGUUACCAAAAUAUUGGUAUAUGAUGAUAUAAUGUCAGAGACAGACCAAAACACAAAUCAGAAUACCGACACGGAUGCGGAAGAAGAUUUGGAGGAGCAGCAAGAUGAAGAGGAUUUGGAGAAGCAGCAAUUUGAAGAGGAAGAUCGUUUCGAGGUGCAGCAAGAGGAGAUGGCAAAUGAAGAAGGGCAAUUGGAAGAAGUGAAUAUAUUUGAAAAUAGCUUCAAGAACAAUAAUGUGCUGGCGGUGCUCAAAAGCGAUGUAGAACUAUAUGGCACAGUUGUAGUCAGCCUGCUCUGCGGUCGCAUUACCAUAAAUGGCUAUAAAGCACCCGCCUUGGAGCUGCUAUCCAUAUAUUCGCCCAAAGGUUUUAAUUGGAUAAGCAUAACACCCAUGGCAAGCAAAAAGCCUGUUAAGGACAACUACGACUGGAGUCAGCUCCAGGAUCAGUUUUCACGCGCGCAGCUGGACAACAUAAGGAGCAACUAUGAUAGCCAAAAGGAUGCAGUGGUACUGCUGCAACGCAACAGCAGCGCACAGCAAUUAGUCAACAUAUUUAGCAAGCACAUGUCGCAGAAUGUGUUUCCGUUAAUCAACGCCACUAAUCGUCCCUACUAUGCCAGCGAAUAUUUGCUCAACUGCCUCAUACAACGCGCAAGUGGCAACAACACGUUGCAAGUGCCUCGAGCGUGGAGCAAGCUAACAUUCCAACCGGAAAGUAGAUUCAUCCUUACGGGCGGCAAAGGUGUGGGCAAGUCCACAAUGUUGCGCUAUUUACUUAAUCGUCAGCUGAAGUAUUUUCCACGAUUAUUGCUCAUUGAUCUGGACAUUGGACAGCCGGAAUUGUUUGUGCCCCAAACGGUUUCCUGCACGCUGAUCGAUGCACCGCUACUGGGCCCUGGUUUCUUGCUCAACAAACAGCCCGAUUACGCCAUUAUGGUGGGACAUGUCAACAUAGUCAUGUGUGCGGAGCAAUAUAUGCGUGCAGUGCGUAAGCUGUUGGUAUAUUGUCAUUCUAGUAGCAGCUAUGAAAAUAUACCUUGGCUCAUUAAUACAAUGGGCUACAACAAAGGCUUUGGCUAUGAGCUUAUGUCAUUGCUUAUCAACUGCAUACAACCCACCGAUGUGCUGCAAAUCGCUAGCACCAAAGCCAUUAACAAUUUUGAUAAGGCGCUGGACCAUAAAAACAUUACCAAAGUGGUGCCCAUUAUAUACACCACGGACGAGUUCAAGUUGGAUGCGAGUGAGCUGCCAAAAUAUACACAUCAUCCACUGUUAAGCGCUGUCCCGGCGCGCCAGUCCAAGUCCUGGUUAAUGAGCGCAAAGGAUCUACGUUAUGCCAAUUUACUGACACGCCUCAGUGCCAUGUUGCGUGGCAAUGCCAAAUAUAUAACAGAGUGCCAACCCAUGCGAGUACCACUUAGUAAGCUGCAUAUACUCCACUUGAACUCAACGGAUUAUACGCGCGAGGAGCUCAUCCGCGGCAUGGAAGCUAAUGUGGUCUAUCUUUGCAAACACUUGACAGAUAAAGAGCCCGUGGAGUGUCUGGGCAUUGGUGUUGUGCGCGCUAUUGACUAUAAAAAGGAGCAACUUUAUUUGGUGCCCGCUAUGCCUUUGGCGAGUCUUAGCCAAGUGAACUGCCUAUUUAUGGGCGGCGACAUGUAUUUGCCCCAAAGUUUCUUCAAGGAUCAGGGCUUGAACGUUGCCAAUCAAGUUCCUUUUGUUUUUCUUAUUGAUGACUGCAAGUCUUCCAAGAGCAUUCAACAGAUUUACCACCGUACACCUGGUUUUCUGGGAAAACCGGCAAAUAAAGCUGACUGAGAAUAAAUAAUGAAUAAA